AAGGCGUGUCGUUUUUUCAUUGACCCGGAAGUGUUUUUCAUCUCUCUCAUCAGUUAGCUAAGUGGUUUGUUUGUUUUUGUAAGAUGGUCGGCUCAUAUCGAGCUCAGUUUAUAAAUCCAGUUAUACAUUUCAGUGGUUUAAUUUGAUCGCUUGUGUUUAAUAUGUCUUAAUCAGUAUUCAGGCUUAUGCUGUCCGUCCAAAGUUUUCUGGCGCUAGUUAGCAAGCAGCUGCGUGCUAAUGGCAGCUAGAGUGUAGUGUUUAUAGGGCUAGCGACCUAACGCUACAUUUCCCAGUAACAAACAAAAACCACAAAACCGAAUAAUAUAAUCUCUUUAGCGGAUAAAUACAUACAGAUUUCAAACCAAGAUGUCAGUGGAGCUUGACGUGUUUGUUGGAAACACGACCAUCAUGGACAAGGAGGUGUACCAGCUAUGGCUGAAUGGAUAUACAGUGAAUGAUGCAGUGAAGGUAAGGAUAGAGGGAGGUGUGAUGGAAGAAUGUGAAGCCAGUCCUGAUGUCCUCCUGAGCGACACCAUGGACCAGUUCCGAACCUUCCAGAUGUGUGAAAGGCUUCUGCACAAUCCAGCAAAACUAGCUAACCAGCUUCUUUUCCAGAUACCGCCAGAUCGACAAGCCAUGCUGAUUGAAAGAUAUUACGCAUUUGAUGAUGCCUUUGCACGUGAGGUUCUUGGAAAGAAACUCUCCAAAGGGACAAAGAAAGACCUUGAUGAUGUUAGUGCAAAAACUGGCAUUACUUUGAAGAGCUGCAGGCGACAGUUUGACAACUUCAAGCGAGUUUUUAAAGUGGUGGAAGAGCUCAAAGGCCCCCUUGUGGAAAACAUAAGGCAACACUUUCUACUCCCUGACCAGUUGGCAAGGGAUUAUGCGGCCAUUGUGUUCUUUGCCAAUAAUCGUUUUGAAACGGGGAAGAAGAAGCUUCAGUAUCUCACUUUUCAAGACUUCGCCUUUUGUGCUGGGCAGCUCAUCAACAAUUGGACAGUUGGAGCUGUUGACAACAUGGUGGAGGACAUGGAUGUGGAUCUAGACAAAGAGUUCCUUCAAGACCUCAAAGAACUCAAAAUGUUAAUCACAGACAAGGAUCUUUUGGACCAGCACAAAAGUCUAGUAUGUGUAGCUCUGCGAGGAAAGACUAAAGUCUUCAAUGAGAUGGAAGCCAAUUUUAAGAAUCUCUCCAGAGGCCUUGUGAACAUUGCUGCCAAAUUAACGAACACAAAAGAUGUUCGCGAUUUCUUCAUUGAUCUUGUAGAAAAGUUUAUCGAACCAUGCCGGUCGGAAAAAUGGUCAUCUACAGACGUCAACCUCUACCUCACCCACUACACAAACUCGGCACACAUACUAGACAGUUUCAAGCACCAGACAGUCUGGACUAGGUAUAUGGGAGUUAUUAAAAGCUGCAUCCUCAGAAUGUAUCACGAAUGAGGAAUAACAGUUCUUUGUUGUUUCUUUCUCUCCUCUUCUCCCUUAAUCAAAACUGCGUUGGACUUAUCCCAACCCAGCUCGCAGUCUGACCCUGUCUUCCUUAAAUCCUAGUGUUCAUCAUUUUCCUCCUCUAAUCCUUACCCAAAUAUCUCCAACAGCUGGCCAUCUCCUGGACUCCCUCCUCCCACCUCCCCCUUCCCUUUAUCCUGUCUUUAUUUCUUCAACCAUUGGCCACUGUCUAUCCUGGGAUGACUUGUAAAUAAACAGAGUAUUCUAUGAGACCUCCGUACACUGCAUCCUCACUGACUUAACUAUGUAUGGCCCAAAUAUUGCUGUUGAAAUGGUCCUCAGUGCUAAGAUUAAGAUUUAGACACUGUUAGGUUUCUCUAAAAUUCUACAGUUGGAAUAAUUUUGAAUUCACAGAUUGAUCACUGAACCAUGUGGUUUGUCAUUUGAACAGUUAAACCAAGUGUGAGAUUUUGGAGCUCGAUGUGUGUGUGAGAUGGAUGUCGUGUGUGUGGCCUGGUGAGAGGGUGGACUGUGCGGGGGGGGGCGACAAUUUGUCAAGAUUUUAGGGGGGUACACAUGGUGUGUGGGAGUUCACUGUUGUCACAGACCUCAGGCAAAUGCCAGUACAUGAAUAUUUCUGCUCUCCCAAAAUCAUUAAAAGCUGUUCUUUUAAUAUAUGUAUGAUUAAAUAUAAAGUGCAUUUUAUAUAUUUAUUAAAUAUAAAAAUGUCUAUAGAUAUGUCAUAAAAUUAUCUUUUGUCAUAUUGUAAAGCACUGAUUUGGAUAAAUGUGUCAAUAAAUCCAUG